AUGUCUGAAGAUGAAGACGGAAUUCUCGGAAAGGCACGCCGGCUAUUUUCAUGUCUGUCGGGUUUCAGCGACGAUGAUGGAGGAGAGCAGCGGCUUGGGGCGCAUGGCAAUGGAACUUUGCCCAAGGCUCCGGGACAGCCAGCAGGACUGCCGCGACCAAAUAGUUCUGCUGGAGUUCCUCAGGCUGGAGCCCAGGCAUCCACCUUGCGCCACAACCCCAUCGACGUUUGCCUGACCAUGCCUGAGGCAGUCUCGGUUCUUCAAGGCAAUCCCAGCCAGCGCACCUUUGAAGCCUUAUGGUGUGGAGUUCCGGCGAACAUGCUUGCACAGCCAGACAUGAUAGCUGUUGCAACAGAAGUUGAGGCGGCUUUGGUUCAGCUCAUCGCCGAGCCCACUCCACAGUCCUUCUCCGCGCACUGCAGCACACCUGCUCCCGGCACUCGCUCGCUGUCAACGAAAGAUCACCACACCGCAAAUGCGCGGCUUGAUCUUGACGGCACGAGUGUUUGUGCCCCACGAGUGUUUGAACACAGCAAACGGUACACAGCCUUUUGGCCUUCCUCAGCGGUGCUUCCUGUGCUUGCAUGUGCCAAGGUUACCUGCCGCGCUCACAUCGGCAGUCCCGGGGAUGAGCACGUUACGCAGCGCAUUAUCGCGGAGGUGCACAUCGUCACCCCGCGGCUACCGGGCCUGGUGCCCCUGACGCAGUGGCUGCAAGAGCGCUGGCCGCAGUGCGAGCUCACCGCCAACGGCGAGGAGGCGGAGGGCGCGGCCGCAGCUGCGGCGCCGAAUGCAGCGGGCCCAGCAGGGGCCGGCGGCGGUGCCACCAUCGGAGGCGGCGGCGCGGGAGCGGCGGUGUCACCUUCGGGGGUACAGGCACAGCAGUCCAACACGCCAAACCCACAAAACCAUCGGCUCUCCUCCGCAACGGCGGCAACUGGCCCAGGAGUGCAGCCUGUAGGGCCCGGGCCCGUUACUUUAGGGAGGCUGGCUGGGGGGCCUGCGGCGGCGGCAGCGGGUAAUACCAUCGUUUCAGCCGCCGACGGCCGGUCGCCUAAGCAGGCUAGCUCCGCUGCGGCCAGCGGCGCUUUCUCGCCGACUCGUAGUCAGGACCCGGGCCAGUCAGGGCCAGGGCCGGGGGCUCCGGUUUCUCGCCUAGGCGUCAGCCAGCCCAUCGCGGAGGGUGUCGCGCCUCGUGACUAUGGCCGGGCUAUGAGUGGGGAGCAGCAAAGAGGACAGCAACAGCUUGCCACCACCGCGGCUGUGGCAGUAGUUGCGGCUGCUGCGCCGCGCGCGUCGGAGAGCAAUACAGAGGACCAGAGCGACGGCCGGUUCGCAUCCGCAUGCAUCCCAUGUCUGGGAGGGUGCUUUGCGCCACUGGUGAUGGGGGCGCCGCCACCAGCGGCGACGCCGUCGAACAGGCCAGGAGACCAUCCUGGCUUGCAGGCGGAACCGGGGAGAGCGCUACCCAGGGGAACCCCUGCACCGCGCGGCGCAGCGACGGGAAGGCCAGCCACGGAGCCGGCGGCAUCAGGGGCCAUGGCGUCGGCAGCGCCGGCGGCGCAGACGGGCACCGGCGAUGUGGGCGCUGGAACACGCCGGCUGGCCGGCCCCAACGCGACGCAGACUUUGGCCCCAGGUCGGCAGCGGCUUCCACUGCCGCCGCCGCCGCCUCAGCGACCACAGCUGCCUCUGCGUGAAGCGCUCGAGGUGCUCAUUUGCUUGGCGGAGGCGCUCCGGAACCUGCACCGCCGUGGACUGACCCACGGCUCCUUGACACCGAAGACAAUCCAGCUGCAGCUCGAGGAAGCCGAGGCGGCGGUAGCUGCGGCGGCUGCAGCGGCGGCCAGCACUGCAGCUGACCCCGCGGGGGUGCGGCGGUCCGAGGGCCCGCCUCCGCCUGGGAGCUGUCUGUCCACGCAGCCCUUGUCCUCCACGCAGGCACUGUUAUCGUCGCCAAGUCCGCGAGGUCUCCAGCAAGCGAGCGCCAUGCAGCACGCCGGUGGCCCGGGUCCGGGUGGUGGUGUCGUUCCACCCGUUGCGACAUCGCUCGACUUGCCUUCGCUCAUGAUGGACACGGCUCCAGGUGCUCCGGGUACGACGGACUUACCAGAGAGUUGCUCGCCGCUGGUGACGAUGGCAGCCGCCGACGCCACCGCCUUGGUGCCGGGCUCACGUGUGGCGGCGCCUGGGGAGGAUACCGCUGGAGUGGUUGGGUGUAUGUCGCCAAGCGUGUCUGUGUCCACCGCGGUAGCAGCCGCCGCCGUGGUCCAAGGCGGCCAGGCGCCAUCAGAGGAACCGCCAGUCGGCGCCGCGAGUGACGGCCUGACGGCGCCGCUGCCGGUAGCAGUCGCGGCAGCAGUGGCAGCGGGACAGGAACGGCUAGCAGUACCAGGUGCAGCACCAACGGCAACCACGUCAUUGCCCGCCGUUGCGGCAGUAGGCCUAACGGGCCCUAAACUCAACGACGCCGCCACUGUCGGCGCGCCAGCGCCGUCGCAUCUGCGGGUGAAGUCCUCACAGCCCGUCCGCCGCCGCGUGCCCGGCAUCCGCGCGAUGCUGCCGCUACCGGCUGUUGGUCCCGCGGUGUUGCAGCUGCAGACGUGGGGCCGCGCCCGGCCCAUAAGCCUAGCUCGCGAUCACAUGUUGUGGUGCGCUCCGGAGCUGCUGAAUGGUGGCGGGGUGGGGUGGGGUCCGCCGCUGCUGGCUCGCCGCAGCGGCAACGGCAGCGGCAGCCUGGGCCUGGGCCCGCUGGACCAGAGCCUGGGCUGCCGUGGCGGCAAUCGGCUGCGUGGCGGCAACCACCACCUCCACGGCGGCAGCCGCCAUUUCGGUGACGGCAGCUACGGGGGAAGCAUGGGCGGCAACAGCCGGAGGUUCCGCUGCCCCGCGUCCAUGAUGAUGGGUCAGGACACCGCGGGCGCGGCAUCUCCUAAUGCGCACGGCAUCACUCCCUCCUGCGAUGUGUACUCGUUGGGCAUGUUGAUGUGGUACCUGGUGUCAGGGCAGCCUCCGUUCGAGCAUCUGGCCACGCAAGACGUAAGAACGUGUGGGUGUCAGCAGGUCCUGCGCGUGAAGGAAAUCGGUUCCCUGGACGAGCAGCUGCCGUUCAGUACGGAGCUCCCUGCCGGGUACAUCCAGCUGGCCAGGCGGUGCUGGGCGCCCCUGCCCAUGCAGCGGCCUUCCGUGAAUGUGGUGCUGUCGGAGAUGCGCUCCCUCCGGGCUCAGUUGCUGGGUGCCGCGCCUCAUCAAGGCCCCCAGCAGCAGCACCACCACCACCUCCACCCAGCUCGGGGGGACCUCCUCGGCGAGCACGGCUGCAGCAGCCUGGGAGAGAUGACCGGGGACUCCCGGAUGUCCUUCACCCUCUCCUUACCCCUCUCAAGCCGAGACCUCAGCAACGGCGAGGAGUACUCACUCGUACGGCCGCCACUGGAGCUGGCCUUCGGAGCCAAUGACGCCUCCGGCGCCGGCGGUCGCGGCGCGGCUGGCGGCGCCGCUAGCGGCAAUGAUCCGUCUGGCGGCAGCGGCGGCGGCGGGGGACCGCCGCCGCCGCCGCCCCCGCCCCUGCUUAAGACGGCGCUGCCGGCGGCGCUGCUGACGGCGCUGACGGCCCCACGGCGCGCCAGCGGCGGCGGCGGCAGCGGCCUGAUGGAUGACGACGACAAUUACUCGGACACGGACCGCUUCACAGAGCACGACCAUACGGAGGCGUCCGGCACGCCGUACAGCUCUCCGACGACGGCGGGUACGACUGGCGGCGGCGCGCGGGGAGCCGGCGGCGGCGCAAGCGCCGGCGGCAGCGCGCGUCUACGCACCAUGACGGCGACGACGGCGGCAGCCCGCAGCUUCCGCAUGUUCCGCAAGAACUCCAAGGAGGAAAAAGAUUUUUGGAGUAUCCUCCGGCAUUCGGAGAGGGGCCGCCACGCUGGCCGGAGUCCCCCGGUGUAGGAGUUGAGGAAGCGGGGGGGGAAGAGAAAAAAGGGGGAGGGGAGGAAAGGGGGCUGUGGUGGUGGUUGCGGUUCCGCCAAG